CAAUUGAGCUGUCAUUCAGGGAAAGUGCUAAUACUAAAACAGUGUGUUUCUUGAUUAAACUUGCGUCUGAUGCAGGGGAGGUAUUUUGCUGGUAGAGUCAUUCUGUAGCUGACUUACUGACUGCAGAGAGACUGCUGUCAACUGUGGUGCGCGCCCACAAAAGAAGGACAAAAUCCGAUAUGAUGCCCAGGCAACACUUUAACAGGUUAUUGCUUAAGACUUGUGAUUUACCAACAUCCAGACUCACGUGUCAGGCUGCCAGUUUCCAGCGACAUGAACUAGUUCAUUUUAGAAGAGAUUUCUCUACUACCUCAUCUGGGAGAACCUAUGAUGUGAGGAGAGUUGAAAUCACUCCUUCAGAGCAGAGGAGGCUGUCGUUUGAUACACAUGCUCUGGUUACAGAACUGGAAUCCCACGGAUUUGGCAUAGAACAAGCAGAGCAAAUUGUAGCAAUAUUAGCAAAUUUAACAAGUACUGGUAUGGAAACCGUGUAUAGGGACAUGGUGACAAAGGCUCAGCAGGAAAUAACCCUACAGCAGAUAAUGGCUCAUUUAGAUGCAAUCAGAAAAGACAUGGUCAUCUUGGAGAAAAGUGAAUUUGCUUACCUGAGGGCAGAAAAUGAGAAAAUGAAAGUUGAACUGGAGCAUGUAAAGCAGCAGUUAGUGGAUGAAAUCAAGAAAAUCAGGGGAGACACUAAAUUAGAUAUCAACUUGGAAAGAAGUAGAGUAACUGACAUGUUCACAGAACAUGAGAAGAAGCUUAUGGAAACACAAACAGAGUUCCAGAAAAAGGAUAUUGUUGUGAGUAGUUCCAUUGGGGAAACUAACAAGAAAAUUGACACAGAAGUCGCUUCAUUAAAAACUGUUAUGGAGUCACAUAAACUGGACACCGUCCGUUAUCUUGCAGCCUCUGUCUUUGCGUGCCUGGCCAUUGCACUUGGAUUCUACCGUCUUUGGAAAUAGAUGGAAACUUCCAGGAAUCUUCAUAACAAUAAAGUUGCCAUGAUAUUCGCAUGAAACUGCACUUUUUUUGGGGGGGUGGGUUUGUUUAGCACUUGAUGUAAGUUAGUGUCCAGUGAGGCUGGCAUAAUCUCCUUACACUACCAUGGCCAUUUACCAUAAUGCUCAGAGAUUUGGUGCAGCUGUGAGAUACAGCAUGCGGCUGUGGGGAAUACUAUAUGAUGUAGUGACUGUAAGGAGACUAGGAAGGCAGAGUUUGGUACAGGAUCAGUGUCCCACUAAGAAUAUGGAACUAAAUGCCCAGGGAUUUAAUUUUGGCUUGUUAGCUCACUAUUUAGUAAGAAUGACCACUUCUAACAAGUACAGAUAUAAAUGCUUUACAUGGUGGCAAACACAGAGGAAUUGACCCCAGCAAGAUUUAUUAUUCUUAUGUUAUCAGAGUGGGAAAAGAAGAUUUUCUAGCUUAAAGCAUAGUUUCUUCUUACAGACAGGCAAUCAGAAGAAACAGAAGUAGCAGCUGGCAUGCUAACAAGACAAAAGGUAAUUAAAAGUAGGUUUUCCAUUUACACAUACUGCUUUUACCCAAACAGAGGUUUUCAUAACUGGGAGAUGACAUUGCCAACUGAAAUGUGCAUUUUAUGUAUAAACUAGCACUUGGGAGGAAAGCAGGCCUAUAGUAUCUUAUAUUUUAUUGAUUAUUGGACCAGAUUGCAUGGAUCACUUUGAAGUUCCUUACCAACCCUGUGCCAUUCCUUUAGCUACUUGCUUUGGGAGUCAGUUUAGAGCUUUAUUGAGUUCUUCAUUACUGUGGCCUUGUUUUCAGUCACUUAGAAGGUUCACAUUAAUUAUUUAAGUGUUGCAUCCUUAAGCUAAUUCCCAGACCUUGGAUUCAUUUUUAUAGAAUGGUACAGCAGUUCUUUAUCAUCUCAGUUUAUUCAUGUUAACAGGUUGGAUGGUUAAUGUAAUUCGUUUGUGCUGUUAAUGAAUGUACUUUUAUAUGAAAUCCAUAAUCUGGAGUUUUCUUAACUGUAUAUCAUGAUUUUGUUUUCACAGAAUAGUAACAGUUGCCAUCAGUCUAGUUUAAUAUGCAAUCAAAGUUCUAGUGCAUUGAAAUUCCAGGUAAAAGGAAAUCCAGAUUACUGAUUUAGUUCCAAAAGUAUUGCAUACCACUUGUUAUUAAAACAUAAAAUGUU